UGGUGUCGGCCAUGUUAGUGGUCCUAGCUCAGUUCCCUGGUUGAGGGCGUCCUGAGUUCCCAUUAGGGGCCGAAGUGAAUGGAAAGACCAGAAGAGACGUUCUCCCCGCUGCAUAGAGGUGGCUGUGAGCCUCGACAGAGCCGGGUGGGGACGCGGCGGCCUUGCUCCCGGCCCCACCUUUCCCACAGGUCGGUGGCGGAGGCCGCGCCGAUGAACUCUCCUGAGGGUCCCACGUCGGUGGCAGAAAUGCUUAUGGACCCUGCACAGAAGACAGUGUGAUUUCACCAGGCCAAGGGUCCUGAACUCAGUCCCAGGUUAUAUGGAGCUGUUCCCAUUUCUGACAACUGUUGGGACAAUGUGUGACAGGGAGUCCUGGGCACAGGAUCCAGACAGUUCAAAUGUUUGAAGGGCUGUGUGGUCUUUGAGGACGUCGCCGUUUAUUUCUCCCAAGAGGAGUGGGACCUCCUUGAUGAGGCUCAGAGACGCCUGUACCGUCAUGUGAUGCUGGAGAUUGUUACACAUUUGUCCUCCGUAGGUUGUUGGCAUGGAGCUCAGGAUGAAGAGGCACCUUUUGAGCAAGGUUUUUCUGUGGGAUUGUCACAUGUCAGGACUCCAGAGCCAGGUUCAUCCACCCAAAAGGCCCAGCCACGUGAUAGAUGUGCCUCACUCUUGAAAGACAUUUUGCACCUGGCUGAGCAUGAUGGGACACACCCCGAUCAAGGGCUGUACACUUAUGGGACAAGGCUGCACCAGUAUCCAAAGAAGCAGAUUAGAGAUAAACUUUCCAUAAAGGACAGUGAGAACUCUUCAUUUGUCACAGACCAUGGAGUUCCCAUGACAGAGAGGAUCUCGACAUGCACUGAAGGUAGGAAGUGCUUGCCAACCAGCCCAGUCCUUCUCCAGCCCCCGGCCCCUCACAGUGAGGGGAACCCACACAGGGAGACCGAUUGCGAGGAGGCCUUUGAAAGUGGAAAAAAUGAUUACAAGUUCAGUCAGCGUAGAAAAGCCUUCAGCCAUAAACAGAUACUUGUGGAGCACCAGAAAGUCCACACUGGAGAUGGACCUUAUGAGUGCAGUGAAAGUGGGACAUUGUUUAGGCACAACUCUGACCUCAGUAAACAUCAGACAAAGCACACUAAAGAAAACAGUUUUAAGUGUAGGCAGUGUGGGAAAUUAUUUAGGUACAACUCCAAACUUAUUAAACAUCAGAGAAUUCACACUAGAGAAAGGCCUUAUGAGUGCAGAGAAUGCGGAAAAGUCUUUAUAUACAACUCCAGUCUUAUUAAACAUCAGAUGAUUCACGCUGGAGAAAGGCCUUAUGAGUGCAGUGAAUGUGGAAAAAUCUUUAUAUACAACUCCAGUCUCAUUAAACAUCAGAUAAUUCAUACUGGAGAAAGGCCUUACGAGUGCAGAGAAUGCGGGAAAGCCUUUACAUACAACUCCAACCUCAUUAAACAUCAGAGAAUUCACAGAGAAAGGCCUUAUGAGUGCAGAGAUUGCGGGAAAGUCUUUAUAUACAACUCCAGUCUCCUUAAACAUCAGAUAAUUCACACUGGAGAAAGGCCUUAUGAGUGCAGUGAAUGUGGUAAAGUCUUUCUAUACAAUUCCAGUCUCAUUAAACAUCAGAUAAUUCAUACUGGAGAAAGGCCUUAUGAGUGCAGGGAAUGCGGAAAAGUUUUUACAGACAACUCCAAUCUUAUUAAACAUCGGAGAAUUCACACUAGAGAAAGGCCUUAUGAGUGCAGAGAAUGCGGGAAACUCUUUACAUACAACUCCAAUCUCAUUAAACAUCGGAGACUUCACACUGGAGAAAGGCCUUAUGAUUCUGGUGAAUGUGGGAAAGUCAUUACAGAGAACUCCAGUCUCAUUAAACAUCAGAGAAUUCACACUAGAGGAAGGUCUUAUAAGUGCAGAGAGUGCGGGAAAGUCUUUACAUGCAACUCCAGUCUCAUUAAACAUCAGAGAAGUCACUCUGGAGAAAGACCUUAUGAGUGCAGUGAAUGUGGGAAAAUGUUUCCAUACAACUCCAGUCUCCUUAAACAUCAGAGAAUUCACGCUCAAGAAAGGCCUUCUGAGUGCAGAGACUGCGGGAAAGUCUUUAUGUGCAACUCCAGUCUCAAUAAACAUCAGAGAAUUCACAAUGGAGAAAGGCCUUUUAAGUGCAGUGAAUGCGGGAAACUCUUUACAUACAACUCCAAUCUCAUUAAACAUCGAAGAAGUCACACUGGAGAAAUGCCUUAUGAGUGCAGUGAGUGCAGGAAAGUAUUUACAGACAACUCUAGUCUCAUUAAACAUCAGAGAAUUCACACUCGAGAUAGGCGUUAUGAGUGUAAUGAAUGUGGGAAAGUCUUUACAUACAAUUCCAAUCUCAUUAAACAUCAGAGAAUUCACACUGGAGAAAUGCCUUAUGAGUGCAGUGAAUGUGGAAAAGUCUUUACAGACAACUGCAGUCUUAUUAACCAUCAGAGAAUUCACACUGGAGAAAGGCCUUAUGGGUGCAGUGAAUGUGGGAAAGUCUUUACAUACAAAUCCAAUCUCAUUACACAUCGGAGAAUUCACACUGGAGAAAUGCCUUACGCGUGCAGUGAAUGUGGGAAGACCUUCAUUAGAAAGUUCCAACUCCUUCAGCAUCAGACACUCCACACUGGAGAACGGCCUUAUGAGUGCAGUGAAUGUGGUAAAGCUUUCCACAGCAAUAUUACACUUGUUGGGCAUCAGAAAACCCACACUGCAGAAAAGUCUUAUGAGUGUAGGGAAUGUGGGAUAUUCUUUACGUGCAACUCCUACCUCAUUAAACAUCGGAGAGUUCACAGUGGAGAAAAGCCUUAUAAGUGCAGUGAAUGUGGGAAGGCCUUCUUCUUCAAAUGUAUGCUUGUUGAGCAUCAGAAAAUCCACUCUGGAGAAAGGCCUUAUCACUGCACUGUAUGUGGAAAGGCUUUUCUUAGAAAGCUUCAACUUGUUUAUCACCAGAGAAUGCACACUGGAGAAAGGCCUUAUGAGUGCAGUGAAUGUGGGAAAUCCUAUAGCUGUAACUCCAGCCUCAAUAAACAUCGGAAAAUUCACACUGGAGAAAGGCCUUACGUGUGUGGUGAAUGUGGGAAAGCUUUCAUCCUCAAAUAUAAACUUAUUGAGCACCAGAAAAUCCACAGUAGAUAAAAGCCUUAUGAGCGCAGUGAAUGUGGGAAAUUCCUUUGAGGCAAUGCCAAUCUCAUUAAAGAUAGGAGUUUUGCUGGAGAAAGGCCUUAUGGGUGCUGCAAACGUGGAUACUUUUUUAGGGACAGCUCAAACCUCCAUAUACAUCAAGAGUUCACUGGAGAAACACCUUAGGAGUUUAGCCAUUGUGGAAAGUUCUUGAGGUGCAGCUCCACACUCCUAAGCAUUGGAGACUUCACCCUGGAAAAAGACUUAUGAGUUUGCUUCCACUGUUUGGCUACUGUGCAUAAUAUUACAAGCAUGAGUGUAGCAAUCUCUCUCUCUCUUUUUUUUUUUUUCCUUGAAUGGAUGCUGCUUUUUUUUUUUAAUUUUUUGUUUAUUGCAGUAACAUUGGUUUAUAACAUUGUAUAAAUUUCAGGUAUACAUCGUUAUACUUCUAUUUCUGCAUGGAUUACAUCAUGUUCUCGUGUUCACCACCCAAAUACUAAUUACAGUCCAUCACCACACACAUGUGCCUAAUGAUCCUUUUCCCCCUCCUCCCUCUCCUCUUCCCCUCUGGUAACCACCAGUCCAGUCUCUGUCUCUAUGUGUUUGUUUGUUGUUGUUAGCAAUAUCUCUUUGAGGCUCUGCUUUCAGAACUGCUGGUUCAUAUGCUACUUCAAUUUUUAGGUUUUUUGAGGAACUGUUUUCCAUAGUGGCUGUACCAUUUUAUAUUCCCACCAACAGUGCACAGGGAUCCAGUUUCUCCAAAUCCUUGCCAAAAUUUUUUAGUCUUUUUUUGGUAUUAGCUAUCUUAAUGUGUGUAUGAUGGUGUCUCAUUGUGGUUUAGAUUUGCGUUUUCCUCAUGUUUGCUGGUGUUGAGUAUCUUUCUAUGUACUUGUUGGCCAUUUGUGUAUCAUCUUUGGAGAAAUGCCUGUUCAGAUCCUUUGCCUAUUUUUUUUUUUUAUAAUUUUAUUUAUUUUUCUUCCCCCAAAGCCCCAGUAGAUAGUUGUGUGUCAUAGCUGCACAUCCUCCUAGUUGCUGUAUGUGGGACGCGGCCUCAGCAUGGCCAGAGAAGCGGUGCGUCGGUGGGCGCCCGGGAUCCAAACCCCGGGCUGCCAGCAGUGGAGCGCGCACACUUAACUGCUAAGCCACAGGGCCGGCCCCCCUUUGCCUAUUUUUAAGUUGAAUGGUUUUGUUGCUUACCUUUGGGAGUCCUUGUAUGUUCUGAUAUUAUCCCCUUAUCAGAUACAUGAUUUGCAAUUAUUUUGUUGUUUUGUGGGUUGCCUUUUCACUCUGUUGAUUGUAUCCUUUCAUGUACAGAAGAUUUUUCUUUUGAUAUAGUUCAAUUUAUCUAUUUUUACUUUUGUUGUAUGUGCUUUCGGUGUCAUAUCCAAGAAAUCACUGGCAUUGGGAAUGUGGUCUUUAGUUUUUGUUUUUUCUUUAGAUAAAAAGAAGAAUGAAAAAAACAGUAGGAAUUGAAAGAUGAGGAGAUAAAAGAAAGAAAAUAAAGUAGGGACUGAUAAUAUGAUACAGAAGGAAUAGAGGAGAAAAUUCAGAAGAUUUUAUUGACUACCUGUUAUGUGUCUUGUGUUCAGGGCUUUCACAAUCACCAUCUCAGGAAAUCCGCAAACCAAUUGGCUUAUUUGAGAAAAGUCAACAGGGAGUAUGAUAUAGUAAAUGGAAAGAGAAUAGUGUUAGAGAUCUGGGAACCAAUCUCAGUUUUUAGUAUCUGGUAGUAUUGUGUUGUUGUUGUUGAGGAAGAUUAGCCCUGACCUAACAUCUCUUGCCAGUCCUCCCCUUUUUUUUUUUUGGUGAGGUAGACUAGCCCUGAGCAAACAUCUGCUGCCAAUCCUCCUCUUUUUGCUGAGGAAGAUUUGCCCUGAGCUAACAUCCGUGCCCAUCUUCCUCCAUUUUAUGUGUGGGACACCUGCCACAGCGUGGCUUGAUAAGCAGUGCCUAGGUCUGUGCCUGGGAUCUGAACCUGCGAACCCUGGGCUGCCAAAGCAGCGCGCACGAACUUAACCACUAUGCCACUGGGCGGGCCGCAAUCCUCUUCUUGCUGAGGAAGAUUGGUCCUGGGCUAACAUCUGUGCCCAUCUUUCUCUAUAUGUGGGACACCUGCCACAGCGUGGCUUGAUAAGCAGUGCGUAGGUCCAUGCUCGGGAUCCAGACCCAUGAACCCUGGGCCACCGAAGUGGGGUGUGCGAACUUAACCACUAUGCCACUGGGCCAGCCCCUGUGGUAGUAGUUUUUUAAUUCCACAGUGCAAUGUAUAUUAGAUGAAGAAUUGAUUGUACAUCUAAAUUUAAUGCUUUCUGUUUUAUAAAACUCAUGACAAAAUUUAGAGUUGCAGGAUUGAGAGAAGACAUUUAAAAUAUCUACAUCUGCUCAGUAUUAGACAAACAAGAUUUAGAUUUGUAUUUCAGAAUAUGUUGUCAAAGUCCCCACAAAUGAACUAAAGUAUGAGCAUGUCCUCAACAAGAGAGGAAAACCAGGUGGCUGUCAAGGCAAUGAAUAGAUGCUCAAGCUUAAUAGUAUUAAAGGAAAGCAAAUUAAAUGUAAGCAUAUUACUGUAAGUCCUUCUAAUUUCUAAACUGGGAAGCAGGUGUGAGAUGACGUGAAAGCAAUCAUGUAAACCUCACCAGAGGAUCUAGGGCUGUACUGAUGAUGUAUGUUUUAUUUUUCUUUGUUAAAUACCUGUGAAUGGAAUGGCAUGGUUAGAGUUGGUGAAUGGUUUAACAUUUUUUAAAUUAAACUUUAUAUUUUGAGCA